GCUCAAGACUGUUAUUCUUAUGGACAUUCCAGCAAUAAAAUUGUCUUGAGAAUUGGCCAAGUACUAAGAAGUUUCAUGACUCAAACACUUUAGAUGCUUUCAAUGCUUUAUUCAUGGUUAUCACUGAUAGAAUGUCCUAACAGUCCAAUUGCGUUUUUCGAUGCAAAGACUAUGGCAAGCACAAUCUUUACUUGGCAAGUGCAUGUUCAAACUAAAGCUAUUGCUCACAAAGCUUUCUUUAUUCCCUCCGCCUCAUUUGAACAUGUUUACAGACGGAAGGGCUGUGGCAUACGACUUUGGAUAGCUGUCCCAAUUGACACUGAAGAGUAGAGCCGACUCGCACGCACUUCCAAGACCCGCCACACUAAGGUAAG